GCUAAACUCACCCCCGUAACGAUAUGUUAUGAAAGCUGACGACAUUGUCCGUUGAUGUUAGUAGGCAUGAGAGUGCUCGAAAACUAAAUCUUAUUCAAAGAUCUAUUGACUUCAGAGCGAAGCUUUUUUAGGAAGCGACUGGAAGAAAAGCGACUAUUUUGGUUGGUGUAAGAACACCGUAACCGCACAAAGAUGAUGAACACGACAUUAGCGAAGAAACUUUUGGGCUCCAUGUGUGGCAUCUGUAGCCCUCGACUGAGCUAUUCUGUCAACGCUGUGCAAAGACAGACAGAGGUUAUCAAACCUAGGGAACUAGAAAAGGAUGAGCUCAGACCUUUGUAUAUGGACUUCCAAGCCACUACACCGAUGGACCCGAGGGUUUUGGAUGCCAUGCUGCCCUAUCAAGUGAAUUUCUAUGGCAACCCACAUUCCAAGACUCAUGCUUAUGGAUGGGAAAGUGAGAGUGCGAUGGAAAAAGCAAGAAAACAAGUAGCAGCUCUUAUUGGUGCUGACCCUAGAGAGAUUGUGUUUACCAGUGGUGCAACGGAAUCCAACAAUAUGUCAAUCAAAGGUGUAGCCAGAUUUUACAAAGCCAAGAAAAAGCACGUCAUUACCACACAGACUGAACACAAAUGUGUUCUGGAUUCCUGUCGUGUUUUAGAGGCAGAAGGUUUUGAUGUAACGUAUUUACCAGUGAAUCACAAUGGGCUCAUUGACCUACAGCAACUAGAGGAAUUGAUUCGUCCUGAUACAAGCUUGGUGUCAGUCAUGACUAUAAACAAUGAGAUCGGUAUCAAACAGCCCAUCAAAGAAAUAGGUCACCUGUGUAGAUCCAAGAACGUGUUUUUCCACACCGAUGCUGCCCAGGCUGUUGGAAAGAUUCCUAUUAAUGUCAGUGACUGGAAAGUGGAUCUGAUGUCCAUCAGUGGCCAUAAGAUUUAUGGGCCCAAAGGGAUUGGGGCUUUGUAUGUGAGGAGAAGGCCAAGAGUUCGAAUGGAGCCUUUGCAGAAUGGAGGGGGUCAGGAAAGGGGUCUGCGUUCAGGGACUGUGCCCACACCCCUAGCCGUGGGUCUUGGAGCUGCCUGUGAGAUCGCCCAGCAAGAGAUGGAGUAUGACCACAAGCAUGUGACCAUGCUUGCAAAACGCUUUGUGGAUAAAAUCAUGUCUGAGAUUGCUGAUGUAAUAAUGAAUGGAGACCCAGAUCUGAGAUACCCAGGAUGCAUUAAUUUGUCAUUCGCCUAUGUCGAGGGGGAGAGUCUGUUGAUGGCCUUGAAAGAUGUUGCGCUUUCAUCUGGAAGUGCAUGCACUUCUGCCUCCUUAGAGCCCUCAUAUGUUCUCAGGGCAAUAGGAACAGACGAGGACUUGGCACAUUCUUCUAUUAGGUUUGGAAUUGGAAGGUUUACCACAGAGGAGGAAGUAGACUACACAGCAGAUAAAUGCAUCCAGCAGGUCAAGUGGCUAAGGGAGAUGAGUCCCUUAUGGGAGAUGGUCCAGGAGGGCAUUGAUCUGAAGAGCAUCAAAUGGACCCAGCACUAAAGCUGAAGAGAAUUAACCUUCUGUGAAUGAAAUGCCACACCCACACACUUUACAGCUUCUUCCCACUAGAAACACGCACAAUUGUAUUUCUUUUUUCCGGGAAGUUGAGCUUAUCUGUGUGGGAGCUAUUUUACACUCAAGUCCAUUUAGGGGAAUACUGUAUGUGUAUUAAGUCAGUUGCAUAAUUUUUCUCUGAACCUGUUUUCUCUAGUCUUUUGAGUGUUUUGGAUUUAUACAAUUUAUUUCAGUAACAGUUACUAUGUGUCUAUUUUACAUCACUUAAACCUGAUCUCAAGACAUGAUAAAGCCUUUAAAGUAAUGUUUUUUAUUUUGUGCACAUCAUAUUAUACCAGAAAAAACUCUGUGCAAGUGGCAUGUAUGUGCAGUAGUGUUUUCUGUCCAAAAUAAUAUCUUCCACAAUUGAGCAGUUUGCAGCUCAUGUAGUGUCUUUUGCCGCAAACUAUUACGUUUGUGUGUGAUCUGAAAUGCAAAUAAACAUUCAAACCAA